AUCCUAAUUUCCACUUUAUCUCCCUAAAACUUGCAAUUUUAUAAAGGAAAAAAAUAAUAAUAAUAAAACUUGCGAGAAGUCGAAAAUGAAAAUUCCGUCAAACACCCCUAAUUAUGAGGUUCAAAACCCGGAUCCAAAUACGGUUGCUGCUGCCCUCCUCUCUGCUCUUCCAAAGCUAUUCUCGUUUCCUCUCGCAAUCGUUUCUCUACGUCUGCACUUGCAUACAUAAUAAUGGCUGAUCCCUAUCCCCUCAUCGUUAUUGAGGAGGCACUCUCUAGAUUCGCUUCACCGCUUGACAGAAGAACCAGUCAAUUCGAGAAUUUGAAGAAGGUGCUGGAGAAGCUGAAGGAGUCGCUCAAAUUGAUGGAAUCUGUGCUCACAAAUGCAGAUCAAACGCAAAGUGAUGAAGCCACAAGGGAUUGGCUGCAGAGGCUCCAAGAUGCAGCUGAUGAUCUGCGGGAUCUGCUGGAUGAGGAUGCAUAUGGAGUUCACCGGCACAAAGGUCGGAUUCAAAGCCAAUUCAGGAAACAGGUGCACAAUUUCCUUUUUACCCCCAAAUCCAUGCUUAGCAAAAUUAAGGAGAUUAAUGUGUCUUUCACCGAAAUUUUAGAAGAAUCAAAUGGUAUUAGACUGAUAAAUCACAAUCAAAAUCGUGAAGCUCCUAGGCGAGAAGCUGAUGAGUCAUUUUAUAAGUUUAAAGUUUUGCAAAGGGAUGAUGAUGUCUCAAAAAUUGAAAGUUUGCUGGAUGAGUUGAGCCAGACAGAUCGCCUCUCUGGCCUUUCCAUAGUUGGCAUGCCGGGUGUUGGAAAGACAACAGUAGCUAGAUCAAUAUUUGUGAGGGCAAGGGAAAAUCACCCCUCCAGUCUGGUGGCCUGGGUGCCGGUACGUAAGGAUCUUCAAGAAGAGAUGAUUUUAGGACAGAUGUUGGAAUAUCUUGAUAGCCAUGCUGCUGGAAUGACAGAUAUCGAUCCAAUACUUUCUCAUCUUAAACCAAUGUUAGAAAAUAAAAAAAUUCUUCUCAUCCUUGAUGGUUUAUGGAAUGAAAAACAUGCUCAGGGGUUGAAAGAGUUCAUCUGUCGUCUGCCACAAUGGUUCGCAACUGCUAGGAUCUCUGUUGUCAUAACAACUAGUAAUAAAGAGGUAGCUUCACUAAUGAUGGACACAAUUCCUUGGCACAAGUAUGAAUUGCAAAAGCUAUCAAAUGAAGACUGCUGGCUGAUAAUGGAGGACAAUGUUCUCAGAUCGCCCAACAGAACUUCAAUAGAAGAUCCACAGUUGUUGCUUAUUGGAAAAGAUAUUGCAAAACAGUGUGGGGGUUUGCCAUUAGUUGCAGCUGUCCUUGGCAAACACUUGGGCGCUCAUAUUGGGGUAAAUGAGUGGUCAGCUAUCAGAUAUAAUGAAGCAUGGCAUGCACCACAUAGACAGGAGAUUCUGUCUCAACUGAAAAAAAGUUAUGAUCACUUGCCUCUACAUUUGAAAAAAUGCUUUUCUUUCUGUUCAAUUUUUCCAAAAGAAAAAAUUGUUAAAAUCAGUAGAGAUGAAUUAGUUCAGUGUUGGAUGGCUAAUGGGUUUCUUUCCAAAUCUAAUGACAGCAAUUCUGAUAAAGUAGAAGAUGUUGGCAACAGGUGCUUCAAUUAUUUGGUAUCCAAUUACUUAUUGGAAGUCGUGGAUAUGGAUGAGUGUGGGAAUAUAAAGUUUUGCAAGAUGCAUGAUGAGGUGCAUAAUCUUGCAUUGCUUUCAGCAAAAUGUGAAACAUAUAUUUGGCCGGAUACCCAUCCAGUUGAAGAGAGUGUUCGGCAUAUGAGGGUUCAGUCUGAUCAAAACCUUCAAGAUGUUCCAGAAGGUGUUGCUCAAAGGUUGCACUCUUUGUUCUUGGAUGUUGAUGUUUUGCACAGGAUGCCUAAGAAUUCCAGAAGUUUGCGACUUUUAAAGCUAGCAGCUGCUAAUGCAAAUGAGUUGAAAUCUUCUCUUGACAGAUUGAAAUAUCACAUGAAAUACCUUGACAUAUCAGGAAGUGCAAUUGAAAGACUACCAAAAUCUGUCUCCGAGCUCUACAAUUUGCAGACUUUGAGAUUCACAGGCUGCAAUUCAUUGGAAAAGCUCCCAAGUGGUAUUGAAAAUCUAGUCAACUUGAGGCAUAUUUAUUUUGAUGAUGAAAGGCAUGUGCCAAUUAGCAUUGGGAGAUUAACUUCUCUUCAGACUUUACCGCUAUUUGUUGUGGGCUCAGAAAAGGGUCGGAGAAUUGAAGAGCUUAAAUCUUUGAACCAACUCAGAGGAAAACUGAAAAUUUGCAAGCUUGAGCUAGUAUCUCAAUCAGAAGCUAGAGAAGCAAGACUUGAAGAUAAAGGAGAAUUGAUCGAGUUGCAAUUUGUAUGGAGUGAAGACAGAGCCAACAGUGACAAAGAUAUGGUUGUUCUGGAAGGUCUUCAACCUCACUCAAAUUUGAAAAGCUUAACCAUUGAGAAGUAUAGGGGAGGCAGCUGCCCUUCAUGGAUGAUGAAUUUGGAACAGCUUGUGAAUUUGAAAUUGAUUGAUUGUAAUGAAUGUGGUGAUAUUUCAUGCCUUGAACUCUUACCUGAGCUUGAGGUUCUCAAUAUAAAGGCAGUGCCAAAUGUGAAGAGGAUAGGCAGAAUGUCUUAUCAUCAAAGUAGCAGCAUGGCAAGUAGCAGCCAAGGUGGGGGACAAUCAAUAAAACCAUUUCCAGCUUUGAGAAAACUCGAGUUAAGUAACAUGGCACAGCUGGAGGAAUGGACAGGGGCACAAGGCAUGAUCGUGUUUCCUUGCCUUGAGGAGUUGCAUAUUCAGCAUUGCCCCGAGCUCAAAACAUGGUGCACAAGCAGCAGCCAAGGCGGGGGACAAUCAAUCCUACCAUUUCCGGCUUUGAAGAAACUAACGUUAAGGGAGAUGACAAAUCUGGAGGGAUGGAAAACAGCACAAGGCAUGGUUGUGUUCUCUCAUCUUGAGGAAUUGCAUAUUGGGGAUUGCUCAGAGCUCAAAACAUGGUGCGCAAGCAACAGCCAAGGUAGAGGAGGUUCAAGUACACCAUUUCCAGCUUUGAGAAAACUUACUUUAAGCAACAUGAAAAAGCUGGAGAAAUGGACAGAAGCACAAGGCAUGGUUGUGUUUGAUUGCCUUGAGGAGUUGCAUAUUCUGGAUUGUCCAGUGCUCAAUACAUUGUGGGAAGAUGGAUCUGCAUCUCCAAGUCUCUCUAUACUGGGCAUACAAUCAUGUCCGAACUUGCAGGCUAUCCCAAUUGGGCUGUCAAACUUAACAUCUCUUGAUAUAAACGAUUGUCCCAAAUUAAUGGGGUAUGCUCAAGAAGGCAGCCACGAAUGGUCAUCCAUUUGCCACACGCCUAGUAUCAGAAUCAAUGGGCGGAUAGUGCGAUCCAAAGAUCUUGAUUUUUCAAAGUGCCCUUUGGAGACAACGGCGGAUACGAAGAUUCAGAUUGAGGAUUGAAGAAAGGAAUAUAUGCCAUACGAACUUUAUUUUACUGAGACAGAAGAAAAGAAGUCUCUUCCUAUCAACUUCUGCUUCUCAUUGGCCUUAGGAAUGAUCAAAAUAUUCAAUUUUGAUGGAAUGGAAGGUUUGUUAGAAUUGGUUGAGAGACCUCUUCUUCUCCAGGAGCUGAGAACUGGGUUUUGCACUAAUUUGAUGCGUCUACUUCUGCCAGCCCAUGCACCCAAUGCCUCUACAACAAACUAACAAUCAAGGGUCUAGGUUCAUGAUUCUUAUGAUCGUUCCAUUCAGAGGAAAGAUGCAUGUGAGGGAGCAUUGGUGAAUGGUCCAAUGUUUUCCUGAAUCCAAGAAUGACUGGUCUUGAGAAGGUGCAUGUCGUCCCUAAUUGAAGCGUCAGGGCAUGAACUUACUGAUGAUGGAGAUCUCUUCUAGCAUCUGGUUGUUGAAGUAAAAUCAAAUAUAUAUUUAUAUACAUCCGAGCAAAAUGUUCCCACCCUCCAAUUCUAUGAUUUUAUCGGAGUUCAUAAAUAAAACUGGUCAUCUUGAUUCCUCUCUAAAGGACUUUUGCAAAAAGCAUCGAGUGAUAUUGAAGCCCUGAUAAUGCUAGAAUUCUUUUUGAAGAUUUUAUUAUUGUUGUAAUGUAACUCUUUAGUUCCAUAUGGAGAAGAAACUUAUGUAGGAAAGUUAUUUCCCAAGCGGGGGUUUCCAUCUGGAUUUCCACGUAAAAAGAUUUCAUUGUGUGGCCGAAGGCUGACGUUUAUAGGAGAUUCAGUGCGACCUGGAAGUUUGGAAAUUCCUCUUUUUUUUUUUCUUUUUUUUCUUCUUUAUGGAACACUGAGUCUUCAUUAACAAAUUUCAAGAAAUUCA